AUCAAACUUUUAUUUAAAAAUAUGUUCCAACGCGAUCGUAACCAAUCACUCUUUCUUGGCGGCGAAAGAGUUUCUGGGAAUGAGGUGCGCAACCAGAAUGUACUUGCUGUUAUGUCUAUCGCGAAUAUUGUGAAAAGUUCUCUUGGUCCAGUGGGAUUAGAUAAAAUGUUAGUUGAUGAUAUUGGUGAUGUUACAAUAUCAAAUGAUGGAGCAACAAUUCUUAAUUUGCUUGAAGUUGAACAUCCUGCUGGACGAGUUCUUGUAGAACUUGCUCAGCAACAGGAUAAAGAAGUAGGCGAUGGUACAACAUCGGUCGUUAUAAUAGCUGCAGAACUACUUCGCCGUGCAAAUGAGCUCGUGAAGAAUAAAAUUCAUCCAACCACAAUUAUUACUGGUUAUCGGUUGGCGAGCAAAGAAGCAUGUAAAUAUAUUGCUGAUCAUCUAACUACCAAAGUUGAUACAUUGGGACGUGAAUGUCUCAUAAAUGUUGCAAAAACAAGUAUGGCUAGUAAGAUAAUCGGAACUGAUGAUGAGUUCUUCGCAAAUAUUGUUGUAGAUGCAAUUCUUUCUGUUAAAUCCACAAACUCUCGUGGUGAAGUAAAAUAUCCCGUAAAAGCUGUUAAUGUUCUCAAGGCUCAUGGCAAGAGUACUCGAGAAUCGAUUUUUGUUAAAGGAUAUGCUUUAAAUUGCACUGUUGCUUCUCAAGCUAUGAAGACAAAGAUCACGAAUGCUAAAAUAGCGUGUUUAGAUAUGAAUCUUCAAAAAGCAAGGAUGCAUUUAGGUGUUCAUAUCACUGUAGAUGAUCCAGAUAAAUUAGAGGAUAUUCGUAAGCGCGAGGCUACCAUUACUAUCGAACGCGUUCAAAAAAUUCUUGCUGCGGGAGCCAAUGUUGUUCUUACAACAAAGGGUAUUGAUGACCUUUGUUUAAAAUUCUUUGUAGAAAGUGGGGCUAUGGCGGUUCGUCGAUGUAAAAAGGAAGAUUUGAGAAGAAUUGCUAAAACUACUGGAGCCACGCUUAUUUCCACUCUUGCUAAUCUUGAGGGAGAAGAAACAUUUGAAUCAUCGUAUCUUGGUACCGCGGAAGAAGUUAUCCAAGAACGCAUUUCAGAUGACGAGUGCAUUCUUAUCAAGGGUACUAAAAGUCAAAAUUCUUCUUCAAUCAUUUUACGCGGUGCCAACGAUUAUAUGUUGGAUGAAAUGGAAAGAUCAUUACAUGAUUCAUUGUCAGUUGUGAAAAGGACCCUUGAAAGUGGUAAUGUCGUUCCAGGUGGUGGUGCGGUAGAAACAGCAUUAAGUAUUUAUUUAGAAAACUUUGCGACAACUUUGGGAUCGCGAGAACAACUUGCUAUAGCUGAAUUUGCAAACGCACUUCUUGCAAUACCAAAAACACUAGCUGUAAAUGCUGCAAAGGAUUCUACUGACUUAGUUGCAAAAUUAAGAGCAUAUCAUAAUACAUCCCAAAAUGCUGCACCGGAUGAUCCAAAGAAAGUUUUAAAAUAUUAUGGCCUUGAACUUCUUAAGGGUGAAGUCAGAGAUAAUUUGAAAGCUGGUGUUCUAGAACCUGCUAUGUCAAAAAUUAAAUCGCUGAAGUCUGCAACUGAGGCAGCAAUAUCCAUUCUUAGAAUUGAUGAUAUGAUAAAGGUCGAGCCGGAAAGAAGAGAAAGAGAUGAUGGUCAUGAUCAUUAAUCGCGAAUAUUAUAAACCCGUGGAGAAAUUAAAAUAUUUUAUGUGAAUAAAUAAAUUUAUGAAAUAUAAUAACGAGUUUAUAUUUUUUUGACGACAAUGAUUUAUUGGUUAGAUUUUAAAUCAUGGUUAAUUUCAGUCGGAAUUUAGGAAAGUGUAAAAAUUGUGUUUAUUUCAGAUAAUUUAAAAAUAAUUUCUGUACUUAACCAGGGGGGAAUUCGCUCCAUAAAUGAAUUUUUAGUUAU